AUGGGCAUUAGGCCGGAGCUCUAUGCAGAGGAAACAGACACGGGGACAGUCCUUCCCGUAGCUGCAACUACAUUGUCAAAGACGGAACGAAGAGAAUUCUGUGAGUUCUUGCAUGGUUUGAAAGUACCUUCAGGCUACUCUUCGAACUUCAAGAGGCUAGUGUCGGUGAAGGAUAUGAAAUUAAAUUUCCACUUGAUGAAAUCUCAUGAUUGCCAUGUAUUGAUGACAGCUCUUCUUCCUGUUGCACUUAGAGGUAUCAAGACAGUACUGGUUCGCGAGGCUAUCAUGAGCUUGUGCUUUUUCUUCAAUGCGAUAGAACAGAAGGUGAUUGAUGUGGAGGCACUGUCGAGGUUAGAGAGAAGGCAUUUCGAGACCCUAUGCCUGCUUGAGGCUACUUUCCCACCAUCAUUCUUUGAUCUCAUGGUCCAUCUAACAGCACAUCUUGCAAAGGAGAUCUUCUACCUUGGCCCAUCUUACCUUCAUCAAAUGUUUCCAUAUGAGAGGUUCUAUGGCUUUCUGAAAUCAUUGGUACAUAACCGGUCGUUACCGGAGGGAGCCAUGGUUCGUGACUAUGGUACCAUCGAAGCAGUGGAGUGGGCCAUGGGUUAUAAGGACCCCCAAAACCCCAUUGGUGUGCCUCAUUCAUGGCAUGAAGGUAAUCCUAAUCGUAAUGAGGCUUGGGUUGCAAAGAAGCACAUGCAAGGCUUUAACACUUGGCUCCGAGAUUAUGUCCAGAAAGCUAGCGCUGCUAUAACUGAUAAUUUGAUAAGAAAACUAGCAGCGGGGCCAUUAUUCACUAUUACAACAUACCAAGCAUAUGAUAUCAAUAGAUACACUUUCUACACCAUAGCCCAGGAUGGCAAGAGCAUCUAUCAAAAUAUUGGUGUGGGUGUAGAUGCCAUCGACAACGACAUAGAGAAAGACACAUAUUAUGAUGAACUGUUUAUCUUCGCCAAGGAUGUGCAGCAAGUGUUCUAUGUACCCGACCUUGCAAAGAAGAACUGGUAUGUGGUUAUGCCUGGAAAAAGAAGGAUAGUUGGGGUUGAAAAUGUCGUUGAGGAGGAGGAAUACAACCAAUUUGACAAAAUUCCGUCAUUGGACAUGCCAUACAGGCCCCAACUCUUGGCAAAUGAUAAAACACCAUACUUGCGAAGCAACCAUCAAGAAACAAUCAAUGUUCGUAAAGCAAGGAAAAAGCAAGUUUGA